ACAAUUUACACUUUCACUGGUAGUUUUAUUAUUCACUGGCCAUUAUACCUAUUUCAUAGUGGGCCAGUUGGAGAGGGGCCAGGGUAUUACCUCCAGCGUGCCUUCAAGGUCGGCUGCAGAGGUGACUCCCGGGACACAGAGGCGGUCAGCAGAGGAGCGAGAUGUUGGGCUUACCUAGAUCAGGAGCGCUCUAGGACUUCCAAGACAUGGACUGGACUUUGCAUUUUGGACUGUUGGUAUUUUUUCUGUUUUCUAUCUUUUUCUAAAUGGUGCAAAAUUGUGGCAACUGAAUUUGUGGUGCAAAAUAAUUUCACUGUGUUGUGCAUACGUGACAACAAAGAAUUAUUGAACAAAGGAUUGCAGAUGCUGUAUACAGGAAUGAAUUGCAAAUUACUAGUAAAACAUUGAGUCAUUCAGCAUCUGUGCAGGCAAAAGCUGUAUUCCAGAACUGAUGCUGGGUCUCAAGCCAAAAUGGCGUCAUGCACAUUUUUCCUCGGGGGACGCUGCUCAACCCACUGAGUUCCUCCAACAUUAAAUGUUAACUCUCAGUCUCCAGAGGUUCUGCACAACUUUCUGUGUAUAUAUAAUACGUUCUCUAUAAUCACAAUACAGAUGAUCUAUUCAUUAUCACUUUGUGGUUCGUAGGCUCUUUGCUUUCCACAAAUUUACUGUUAUACCUCCCUUGUCACAGCAGUGACCAUACUUUGAAAGAACUUGAUUGGCAUUAUGGUGUUCAAAGGGUGUGAUAGCUGUUAUAUUAUACAUGGCUUUUGUCUUCGUCAAAAAUAGUUCAAAGAGCACAGAUAACAUUUGAAAUCCUACAAACCUGUCAUGUUAGACUUUGGUUAAUGGUAGCACCUUCACUAUCGAGAACUAAUUGUACAUUGAACCUUAAUCUCAUAAUUUGCUAAAGUACAGUUAGAUAUGAAAGAGUACUGACAAGCUGCUUCAUGCGCUUUCUUUAAGCUGUGCUGAGAUUUGCUAUGUUUGUAUAAUUGAAUUAUUUCAUAUUGAAAGUAAUGAUGAAUUUGAGGAACCUUUUCAGCGUUACCCUUCUAAUGUUGCUGAAAUGUACCAUUUUGAUAAGCACUGAAUCGUCAGUAGAACUGAAGAAUGCACAUCUUCUAACCCCAGGAGAUUAUGCUCAUAUAAUCAAUUUGAGAUGGCAAGAUGGUUUUCUGAGUAACUGUUAUGAAAUUUUUCAGCAGUCAGAGGGCAAGGCUAAAGAUGGUCUGUAUGUCAUCCAAUUGAUGAAGGGUCUUAUAGUUGUUUUCUGCGACAUGCAAAGUGCAGAAGGUGGAUGGACAAUAAUCCAGCACAUCACUGUUAACAGCUCCUUGGACUUUGAUAGAACAUGGCAGGACUACAAGCAAGGAUUUGGCUUUGUUAAUGGUGAUCACUGGUUGGGCAAUGAGUUCAUGCAUAGAAUCACAAGUAAACCGAAUGAAUAUAAGUUGGGAAUUAAACUAAUCAACAUUAAUGGUGAUAUGAAGUGGGGAGAAUAUGACCCCUUUCUCAUUGAAAAUGAAGAAUCUAGAUAUAAAAUUAGACUUGGUCUUUAUCAUGGAACUGCAACUGAUGCUUUGACAAAAGAUACAGAGGCUUAUGUUCAUGACAACCAAAAAUUCACCACAAAGGAUAGUGAUAAUGACAACUAUUCCCAGAACUGUGCCAAAUUGGAACUUAAUGGGGUCCCAGGUGGUGGAUGGUGGUAUAAUGCCUGUGCUGGAGCUAAUCUGAACAGAAGAAAUGUUGUUUAUUGGCAAAAUGAUUGUAAUAAAGAAAAUAUGUGCAAGUAUGCAUGGAUGAUGAUAAAACCUAAUAGUAAGGUAACCGAAUGCCACAAAACCUUACGUGAUGAGUUAUAAUAAUGGCGCAAAAAGAACUGGAAAUAAAUCUAAUAGUUUAUUUGUAAGUUCAAAUAUUUCUUUAAAUUUUUAUGCUUAUAUACGUUCUUGACUUAUUUACCAGAAAGUGCAGUUACAGGAACAUAUCUGAUGCAAAUGAACAAAUUUGUUAUUUGUUGUACUACUUGGUACAGUCUGCAUGAACAAAAUGUUAUGUGGAAAAAUUGUUAAAUACUCAAGUCAUGAUUAAUGUUGGGUGUCUCAGUUGUUUGGAAUGCCAAUAUUUCCCUUUGAGAUUUGUGCCAAAAUCUCUUCCAGAUGGAAGUAAGAUAUUUUUGGUAUGAUGGGUGUUAAUGCUUGAAAUUUAAUUAUAAUGUAGAAAUAUUCAAAAUUUGCCAUCGUGCUGUCAUUUGUUCAGUGAAUUAAAUAUCUGAGAAAAUGUAUUCAGACUGACUUUGGGCUGGUGUAUGAAGCUGAAUAAAUAGAUCUUAUCUGCAGAUCAAUCGAGUAUACAAUAUUGAUGCUGGGUUCAAGGAGAAUAUCUCUUGUCAGGACAAAUAAUCUGCCAACUAAAAAAAUCUGAUCAAGAAACCCACUGACAUUGUGAGGUGUAGAUAAAGCAAAUCAAAACAAUAAAUUCAAGAUAGCCUAUAUAAUAUCAUAUGGACCCUUUGUCCUCUUUAGAUUGACAAAAAAAUUGUCCUCAAUUUAUAGCCUGUACUAUAAAUUUGAUUAUUCUCAGAGGAAGUAUUUUAUAUGCAACAUAGAUUUGGUUUAAAAUGUAGAUAAAAUCUAAUUAUUUACUUUUCUUUACCAAUAAAAUAAAUACUUUGGUUAUAAAAUUUGUGAUUUGGCUAAAGAGUAUCUGCUUCAGUUGUUCCCAUUUUGUUGUCAAAUACCACAGUUCUCAUAAAUUCCGAAGUCAUUGGAGCCAAAUUAGGCUAUUUGUCCCACCGAGUCUACUUCGCCAUUUCAUCAUGGCUGAUCUAGCUAUCCCUCUCAACCCCAUUCUCCUGCCUUCUCCCCAUAACCUUGCAUAUCAAGUUCUUAAUUGAGCCACCAGCAUUUGCUUGUUUAAAUGACAUCAAGUCUAGGACUUCCACAGUUGUCAAACAUGGAAGUCACAAAUGUGCACAUCCGUGCAGUACAUGUGG